CAAACCGGCCUGCCCUGCCAAGAAAAUGCUUCAAGUUUUCUUUUUUCUGUUUUGAUAUUUUUAAGGAGAAUUUUCUUUUACCCCUUGUAUUUAAAAAUUCUCAAAUAUGUCCGACCUAGAAGAAGACGAGGACGUAGUCGUCAAGGGAGGCGCUCUUCACGAGCAUUUGAUAAAUUCUGGCUUCACUGACUUUGAGAUUUACGACAAAUCGUGCUGGAGCCUUGAAUCUACUAAACCAAAAGUUUACAAAGAUAACUUUUUCCAACCUGUACUUAAAUCUCUACCAGACCAGACUGAACUUGUCCACAAAUAUUUUCCAUCUUUGUUUGAGGAUCCCACAUGCUAUGAUUUGUUCCUGAAUUACUUGUUGAACUCGCCUGUGGUGAGACCCGAGGCAGAAUACUGGCUUCGGAAUUUUAGAAAAUCCUUCAAAGCCAAGAAAAUUACUCCAUUAUCGUCUGACGAGGCACUCAACUUUUGGCAGUCACCAUUUUCUUGGAUUAUAGAAAAACCAGCUUUGCUUUUCUUCCUGGCUCAAGGUGGUUUAUUUGCCUGUAAACAAUUUCUACUUCAAGAGCGGUUGUUGACCCUUAAACAGCUGCUGGCCAUCCUGGAGAGUUUCAACAGAAAACUUGGCCUUGCCAUGCACUUAAUUCAGCAGGAGCAAAUGUCCCACAGAUUUCUCUCUUCUACUCUUAACCAUGUUGCCGAGUCUCUGCUUUCAAACUCUGGCACAAGUGGAGUUUUGAAGUUGGUUGUGCUGCUCAAGGGGAGCUCGACUUUGCUCAAAGCGGCUGUGGAAGAAAUGAACACGGCCAACCAGCUGCCCGCAGAGUACGACUGCAGGCACACCCUUGGCUCCUUUGGAAACCCUGACCUUGACCUAGCCAACCUCUCUCACCGCAACCUGAAGGAUAUCCAUCUGUACUAUAAAGAGGUCCUGACUGUCUUCACACACCAGCUGGCCCUCAACUUUGUCCUGCAUGCCAAAAGAGAGGGUCCCUGCAAAGUCGAGAAUGUUUUCCCUGUUUUGGGUCACCUGACCCAAAGAAUGGCCGACGCCAAGCAGGAGCUGAAGGAAAUUGUGGACGUGCUGAAAGGUGUCCGUUUGCUCAGAAUGCCUCCCAAGGCAAAGGACGGAGACCCCAAGAGGCACAACUACUAUGUCAACCCUUUGGUGCCGGCCAUUGAGAGCUCCAGGAUGCACCUGAAAAAUGCCCUGACUCUCGUUCUCCACUCAAGUAACCUCAGUGACUCAGGGUUUGAACAUGCCCUGCAAACUCUCCAGGCCAGCAGAAUGGAGUUGGCAGCCUCAGACUCAUUUCUGCAUAAGGCAGAAAUCCUUGUUGCCCGUCUAAACAAGACGAAGGAGGUCAUGUCCUCGAUGCAAGAUGAGAGCCUGGAGGUGACCAAUGGAAAAGACUGUCCUCCAAUCACCAUCGACCUCUCGUCAACCUUGGGAGAGGUCGGUGACCCAUUCCUGGAGGAGGUUUUCCAGGGGGUGAGCGUGUCAGGAGGCUCACUGGAGUGGGACGACGGGCAUGAGGACGACUCUGUGGACAGUGCCAACAACACCUACUACCGUCACCUCAUGUCCGAACUGCACUCGGUGCUGCUCAGCAGAGGUCGCAGCAGGGCCACCAUGACCCCACAGGCCUCUUUUGUCCAGGUCGCUACCAGCACCCCUUUCAUAGCCCCCAGGACCAACCUAAACACCACCAUCCAACUGGAAGACUCAUUAAAUGGGACUGUCGAACUAGACAAUUCCUCAAAUAGGACUAUCCAACUGGAUAUAUCCAAACAAGCCCAACAAAAUGAAAUCUUAGAUCAAACCGUUGACUUAGGUUCAAGCUUGGAGGAUUUGGUGAUUCCAACCCCUGCACCCAGGAAAGUUGAGCGGCUCACCUAUGUCAGUCCUUCCACCCUGAGCGACCACAGUGCUUCCAACAGUUUGGCCAGUAUGGUGGCAGAAAGGGCCAGGCAAAUGGCCCCUAUCGAAGAGACUUUUGAAGACGAAACGGUGUUCGAAGAUGCACAUGACAAAACCAUCAUGAUCGAGUGAGUUACCGUAAAACUCAAAUUUUCGUACCUUGGAUUUUAGGUCGUGUUAUUUUCCACACUUAUUUCUUGACUUUUUCACAGAAAAUCAAAUUAGAAAAGAAAAUCUUACUACUUUAUUGAUCUGGAAAAUAUUGGAACUUUCUUGUUGAUUUGAAACUGAAAUCUGCUCUGCACCAUAUCAACUAGUCUUUUGCGACCCUUUUUAUUAUGCAGAAUCAAAUAAUAAAGAAACGCAGCCGUGCCAAUUGCAAAUAGAUGGAUUUGUACAGUUUUAUGCAAAUUGGUAUAAAUUUUUAUGGUUGUUAGAUUUCUCUGUUGAGAAAAUAAUGCAUUUGUGUCAAAAUGGAAAUAUAGUUUAAAUUAUUUAAAUGUAAUUGGAAAGUAUCAUUGUAUGGAACUUUUUUAAUUUGAUGAAUGAUUAUAUUGGUUAUUGAAUUGAUUCUGUUCAUUCUGUUGAAACUUGAUAAUUGACAAAUUUCAUCCCAUAACUAUUUAUUUGCUCUCUCAAAAUCCUUUUGUGCAAAUAAUUAAUUAGUAUCUUGCUUGUAACAAAAUUACAACUUCAAAAAGCGAAUAAAUAUCUGCGCGGCCCUAAUUCUGAAAGAGGAACCUCAACCAUUCUACUUCAGCCUUACAGAAUUAGGUUUAAAAUUUUGAUUUAUAAAAAUGUGUUUGUUUUUAAGCAAAUAAAAAUAAUAUCAAGAUGA